GAAUCCCCACUCGUAUUUGGAUUUAAAAAGUUGAAAAAAAAAAAUUUUGUAAUUUAUUUUAGGCUUUAUACAUCCUGUAACCAUGCAUAGUCUUCAAACCUGAUGCUAAAUGUAAAAAAUAUGGCAUGUCUCAAAAUGUGAAGUAGGUAUACUGGUGGUAGAGGAAAUCCAGCGGAGAAGCCACCAGUAUACAGUAUACAUAGAAACAUAAAUUACAGACACAUUGAGCAUUGAUUACGAUAUGAAUCAACAACAAUAGGUCAAUAACAAAACACUGACACGCCUAGAACACAGACCAACCCUGGAUACUGGUGUACAGAAAGACUGAUCCCAGGAAAGAGGGAAUGAAUAACAUGAUGAGAAAAUCAUGGAUGGGUAUAGUGUUUGUUAUAAUGGUAGUGGCCACAACAUAUUGCAAUGCUGUAGUUGACAAGUUAAACAAAGUUCUAAGUUCCCCAAGGCCCCCACAUGGACUGACACCUAGUAGCCCACUGAUAGAGUUUGAAAAACAUGGGUAUAAGGGAUGCGGGUAUGAUAAUUGGUGUUACAUUGAUGAUGAGGGGGAAGGGCACUAUUGUAUGACCUGCCCAGAGUUCAUCAUCCAAGAUGGCUGUUCUGGGGAAUGCUGUCGUAAAAACAGAGGCGUACAAGAGGGUAAAUUUCAGUGCGCUAGUACAGAUCGUGAUGUAAAGCGUCCAGAAUGUCCAAAGAUUGAGAUUCCAGACAGUAAAAUAACCUGUCACCCUGACAAUCGCAUAAUGUGGAUUCAAACAGAGUGCCUCGUAGAAUGCCUCAACACGCCUGUACACAAAUACUAUACAUGUGCCCGAAGUGGCGCAUACCUUCAGUGGGUUCCAGAGUUGUCUCAGGAGCUCUGCAGAGUUGAGGGAACUACUCAUACUGCCAUUGAUACAACUACUCAAACUGCCAUUGAUACAACUACAAUCAAAAUUGCUGACACAACAACACCUGAGUUUGAAUCAAGUCAGACUCUGUAUGAUAUAGUUAAUGCUUCAGACAAAAUGUAUAAUCUCUCACAAAGCACAGGAACUAUUGAUGAAGCAAAGAACAAAUACUUAGGACCUGUGGUUGGGGUGGUAGCCGGUGUGGUUUUCAUGGGACUUAUCUUUCUUUGUUUCUGUCUAAUUCGAAAAUGUUUGAGAGAUCCCAAAUGGAAACCUUUAAAGAAUCGCUUCAUCAGAUGCAAACCUAAAGAAGAAAAUCCAGGUGCUGAAGAAGUUCCCCUAAAUGGUCAGGAAUUCGAAGAGGUUGAGGAGAAACCUCGACAUGUAGAAAACAGCAAAGCAAAUGCUGUAAGCAAUGACCCAAAAACUGAAGAACACAAUCUAAAUCUAGGAAAGACUGCAUGUGAGAAAGAAGAUACUGAGGAUAAAGAUGUACACAGGUUUACUCCUGUAGCUGUAGGACCUAAAAGUACAGAUGAUAAUGAUUACAGUCUGUCUUCUUUAAACCUUGGACCAAACAAGAAGGAUGAUUAUCCAAUUAAAAUAAUGCCUGAACUUUCUGCUAGUGAAAAUACUUUUGAGUUUAUUGAAAGUAAACGUGAAUCUGAAGAACUUGAAGCAUUGAUAGGACCAAAAGAAACACCAAAUAAACCCUCGAUCUCUGCACCUGAUUCAAGUUCUCCCAUACCACAGAUUUCCCCUGCAGGAUUAUCUUCCAUAGAUAGUGUACUAUUUAAGUAUCCUAAAGAUGCAAAUCCUCAUGCAGGAGGUGAUCAUAUCGUUGGUGUGAUCGAUGAACCAAAGAGUGAUGGUAAUAUGAAGGCUGUUCCAGAGCUAUGUCCCUCUCCAUCGUAUGACUUUAGCGAACCAGGUAUGCAAGCAGCUGGUGGGUAUGUUGUAGAGAGUAAUUCAAUGGGAAUCGAUUUAGUACCUGUACGUGAAGAAGGAAAACCUAAGGAGAAUUAUGGAGGAGCCAUAAAAUAUGACGAACCACAAGCCAAGGAUCCCAACGAGCAUCUCAAAACAUGGGUUGAAAAAUUGAGAAAGAAUGAUGUAUUACUAGACGAUAUGUGGCAGAUGUUGGAGUUCCAAAAAUUUCUUCAAGUCAUAUUGGAUCCAGGGGAUGAAUGGAUUUCAUUGGAAUAUGAAUGUCCCGUUAAACCUAUUGAUAUUGAACAUGGCAUUUCUAUGAAUGACUACAUUGAAUAUGCAAAGUCUGAAGGAAAAAAAAAACAGAGCUGCACCAAAAAUACAAUAAAUGGCAUUUUGAAACGUCAUCCUGGUGUAACUAUGAGUGAACUUCUUUUAUGGUUCAUAAAGCAUCGACAAUUUAGCAGUGUCAAUAAAAUUAAAACUUUUAUGGAGAGGCAUGGACAUAAGAUUAACUAAAGGUAUGCUCAAAGUAAAUUAUG